CAUGCCCCUCACAUCUUGCAGCACAGCCAAUGGGGGAGAUUUUAUUUUGGCGCUGAGACAGAGGCCUUAAGCAGAGGGGCUUUUGUUACAGCUAGAGGGAGGGAGACGGCUAUAAUAAAAUAUAUGGGAGCCAAAUUUCCCUAGGUCUGCAGGAGCAUCCCGCAAAAAAAACGGGGCCUCUCCCGAUUUCACAGCCACACAUCCUAUCAUGGGGAUCGACAUACGACUGAUCUAGCCCCAUUUUCUUUCCAAACAACGGAUUACAUUAAAAAAACGUGGAGUCAUAGGUCUUUGUGUUGAUAUAUUUAUGUUAACUGCAGCAGGAAUCCAGUUUAUUUGGUGUAUUUGUUUAGAAUGGAACACGCUGAAGAAAACGCUAGCAGGCUAAUGUUAGCCAACUGCUGGUCAUUGCAGCAGGCCCUGUAAGAAAAAGGGAAACUUAAGGAUGCUGGAGCAGAACAAUGGAUUUCUCCUUCUCUUUCAUGCAAGGGAUCAUGGGAAACACAAUUCAGCAACCCCCUCAGCUUAUUGACUCCGCUAACAUCAGACAGGAGGAUGUCUAUGAAGCCAUCAGUGACCCAGGAGAUGAUGGAGGACAGCAAAAUUUUGAGUCUCCUUUGGAGUCAGGCUUUUCUUACCCUGCUGAAGACCUCCCAGUUAUUACAAACGGUUACCCAACGGGUGUAGGAACCUAUGAGCAACAGGCCAAGUUUGCCUUGUACUCUCAGUUUCCCAAUGGCUCAGCUAAUGGCUACGGCGCCAUACGAAACUAUGGCGAUCACAGUUUGCUGCUUGGCGAGGGCACCGUAUUGAGACCCCCAGUGGUCCAGGAGAAGCCUCCAACACACAUCUCACCUCCGCCUCACCCCCAUCAUCACCACCAGCCUCAUCAUCCUCCUCACCAUCACCACCACCAUCAGCAGCAACACCACCCACAUAACCCACCGCUGUUACCUCACCACCAUCACCCGCCUCCUGCCUCUCACCUAAUGCCUCAAGUCUUGCCACCCCCUCCUCCCUUGCUCUUGCCCUCUUCGCCACCCCUCCUGUCACCUCAAGAAAGCACUGUCUCCAACCCUACUGUGCAAUCUACCACCACUCCUAAAAAGACCAGCUCCCCAGAGAUCAAAAUAAAGAUCAUUAAGACCUACCAGAACGGCAGGGAGCUGUUCGAGUCCUCACUGUGCGGGGACCUGCUGCAAGAGGUUCAGGCCGGUGAGGCUUCAAGGAGAAGACAUGAGCAGAAGAAGGAGAAGAGGAAAAAGAGAAGCAGCAGACAUGGUGUUUGUCAAGAAGAGGAGAGCCAGCAGCCAUGCAAAGGCAUGGAGGAACGCUCUGGGGUUGUCCACAACCCUGCACAUCCCAGCGAAGGUCAUGUUGCAUUCAGAGAAGAGCAACCUUCUUCAACUCUCAAAAGCCCCAAAGCAGAACUCAAGGAACAGAAAGUUGAAAAACACUUUCCUUCGGUCAUCACUAGCACUGGUUCUUGUCAAGAGUAUGAGAUCGGUGACUUGGUGUGGGCUAAGGUUGGGACGUAUCCUUGGUGGCCGUGCAUGGUGUCAUCAGACCCUCAGUCAAAUGUUCAUAUACGUCUUAAUACAAGAGGUGUUAAGGAAUACCAUGUGCAAUUCUUUGGGAGUGUCCCUGAGAGGGCCUGGAUCCAUGAGAAAAGAAUUGUGGUGUACCAGGGUGAGAGCCAAUUUGAUGAGUUGCAAGCAGAAACACUCCGGAAGACAACCAACCCAACAGAGAAACAAAAGUUGCUAAAGCCUCAGUCACAGAAGGAGCGCACCCAGUGGGAAGUGGGUGUGGCUCACGCGGAAGCCGCACUGCAGAUGACACGAGAAGAACGCAACGAGAACUAUACCUUCAUCUACAUCGACAAGGAACCAGGUGCCGCUGCUGCUGCUGCCGCUGCGCAGCCGACAGCCGAAACUGUGACUUCCCCUAGGGCAACUGGUAAAAACCGGCCUGAACGCAAGCAGAGACGUUCUAAAGGCGGUGUUGGAGCCAAAGAGGAGCCUGUUCCUCGUCGGCAACAGCCGCGGAGGCAGUGCAGUAUCAAUAGUAGUGGUGAACAAUCAUCUCCAAAUCAAGGAGAGGAUGAUAUGGACCAAGAGCAACCUCAUAGCCCCCCAAAACCAGAUCCCCGCCCGCAGGAACCCUCCCCACCUCCUGUCAGGACACCCUGGAGGACUGCCGCAGCCCGCAAGCUCCUCCCUCUCUCCAUUACCAUGAAGAAACUCAAUGUGGAGAUCAUCAAGUGCGACUGGCAACUCCCAAAGCAAAAGGUGGACUUACCUAAGAAGACAGAGAGUGAGGAGAGGCCCAAUGAUCAGGUUCAGUCACCUGAGGGAUCCAGUGAUAAGGCAGAAGCAGAGACGUGUUCCAGUGAAGAGGAGCGAGCUGCGUCUCCCUCAGGCUGGAGUGACCAGGACAGCGCUGAGCACACUUCAGCAGAGCAAUCCACAGAGAGAAAGCAGCAGCGCCGGUCUGUGCGAAGCCGUUCCGAAUCAGAGAAGAGUGUGGAACCAGUGCCAAAAAAGAAAGUGAAGAAAGAACAGGCUGAAACAGCUCCUCAGAUGGAUUUCAAAACUGGGUCGCAAAAAGGUGCCAGUGAGAUCUCAGACUCGUGUAAACCACUGAAGAAACGCAGCAGAGCAUCUACUGAUGUGGAGAUGGCCAGCUCACUGUACAGAGAUACUUCUGAUUCUGACUCCAGAGGCCUCAAUGACCCACAGACCGGAUUUGGGAAGCGCUCAGACAGUCCUGCUACAGUAGAUGCUGACGGAUCUGAUGCGCAGUCUGUGGACUCCAGCUUGUCCCGCCAGGGAGGAAGUUCCUCAAAAAAGGACACCGUCUGCCAUGUGUGUGAAACAUUCGGCGAUUCAUUGGUGAGCUGUGAGGGAGACUGUCACAGGCUGUUUCAUCCAGAGUGUUUGGGAUCUAACAGUGGAACAGAGGGUGAACUUCUGUGUCCAGAGUGUAAGACAGGAUCCCACCCUUGUUUCUCCUGCAAGGUCACGGAGGGUGAUGUGAAGCGGUGUUCGGUGAAUGGUUGUGGCCGAUUUUACCACGAUACCUGUGCCCGCAAGUACACCGGCACCACCACCGAUACUAGAGGCCUCCGCUGCCCUCAGCACAGCUGUGCCACAUGCUGUCUUGACAGAGACCUUCACAAAGCUGGCAAAGGCCGUAUGAUGCGAUGUAUCCGCUGUCCGGUGGCGUAUCACACAGGAGACGGCUGUGUUGCGGCUGGCAGUGUGUUGAUAACACCCCACAUCAUCAUAUGUAGCAACCACUCCAGUUCUAGGAAGAACGGACACUUUUCCUCACCUGUAAAUGUAGGCUGGUGUUUCAUCUGCGCUCGAGGGCUUUUAGUGCACGACCAUACUGACACCAUAUUAAGUUCAUAUACCUUUAAGUCGCACUACCUUCUGACUGAGUCAAAUCGUGCUGAGUUGAUGAAAUUACCUAUGAUUCCUUCUUCUUCGUCAGCUACCAAAAAGAAUAUUGGGAAAGGAGGAAGACUAUUGUGUUGUGAGGCCUGUCCCGCCUCGUUCCACCCAGAGUGCUUGAACAUGGAGAUGCCAGAGGGGACGUGGCUGUGUGGGGAAUGCAGAGCGGGAAAGAAGCCUCACUAUAAGCAGAUAGUCUGGGUCAAGCUGGGCAACUACAGGUGGUGGCCCGCUGAGAUAUGCAACCCUCGUCUGGUUCCCUCCAACAUCCAGAGCCUGAAGCAUGACAUUGGCGACUUUCCAGUCUUUUUCUUUGGAUCCCAUGACUAUUACUGGAUAAACCAGGGCAGAGUUUUCCCAUAUGUUGAGAGUGAUAAGAACUUUGCCGAGGGACAAGUUGGCAUCAACAAGACAUUUAAAAAAGCACUUGAAGAGGCAGCAAAAAGGUUCCAGGAACUAAAAGCACAGCGAGAAACCAAGGAGGCCCUCGAACAGGAGCGCAACUCCCGCAGACCCCCACCAUACAAACUUAUCAAGUCCAAUAAGCCAGUUGGGAAGGUGCAGCUGCACGUCGCUGACCUCUCCGAGAUCCCACGUUGCAACUGCAAACCCACAGAUGAUCGUCCGUGCAGCCAGGACUCUCAGUGCUUGAACCGCAUGCUGCAGUACGAGUGCCACCCACAAGUGUGUCCCACAGGCGACCGCUGCCACAACCAGUGCUUCUCCAAACGCCUCUACCCUGACACUGAGGUAAUCAAGACCAACGGUCGAGGAUGGGGCCUAAAGACCAAGCAGGACCUCAAAAAGGGUGAUUUUGUCAUGGAGUAUGUUGGGGAACUGAUUGACUCUGAGGAGUGCAAGCAACGAAUAAGACAUGCCAAUGAGAACCAUGUGACCAACUUUUACAUGCUGACCCUCACAAAGGACCGUGUGAUUGAUGCUGGACCCAAAGGGAAUUUGUCACGCUUUAUGAACCACAGCUGCAGUCCCAACUGUGAGACUCAGAAGUGGACUGUGAAUGGAGAUGUGCGGAUAGGACUCUUCACUUUGUGUGAUAUCGCUGCUGACACGGAACUGACCUUUAAUUACAACCUGGACUGUCUGGGUAAUGGAAGGACGUCGUGCCACUGCGGGUCUGAGAACUGCAGUGGUUUUCUUGGAGUCAAACCCAAGAGUGCUGUGGUUAUGGAGAGGGAAGAGAAGGUGCGCAAUGCUAAACUCAAGCCCAAGAAGCGCAAACUGAAGACGGAAAGCAAACAGACCCAUGAGUAUUACUGCUACUGCUGUGGAGAGGGAGGAGAGCUGGUCAUGUGUGACAAAAAGGAUUGCCCGAAGGCCUACCAUCUCCUCUGCCUCAACCUGACUAAACCUCCAUACGGGCGAUGGGAAUGCCCCUGGCAUCAGUGCAGCAUGUGCCAGCGCUCCGCCGCCUCCUUCUGCCACUUUUGCCCCGCCUCCUUCUGCCGAGAGCAUGAGAGAGGACAGCUGGCAAUGUCUGCCCUGGACAACCGGCCCUGCUGCUCGAACCACGACCCCCAGAGACCCUUAGGGCCUCAGGCUAACACUAGCCAGGCCGCUAUAAAGAAGGAACUCCUCGAACCCGGAGAGGAAGGGGACGAUGGCAACGAGGAGGAAGAGGAUGACGACGAAGGGGGAGAGUGACUGGGCCAAAGCACCAAGGAAGCGUUGAAAACCACAUCAAAGUACAUGAAAGUUCAAACUACAGUAGAUACAUGCAGCUAGAUGGUCCACUUUUCAUUUAAAUCAAGUGGACCUGAUAAACUGGUUUGAUUCAUUCCAAAUGUACAGCACCUGAUAUGAAUUUUUCAAACAUAUCAAUUUACGGCCUCAUGUCAAAUUCAUACAGGCUUAUAUAACAAUAUAAGCGACUCAUUUCUGGUUUUAUAAGCAAAAUUUCACAGCUAAUUCUCACUGGGUUUUUUUCUCAGACGUGCUCCGUUUCGACAAAAAACACUUUCGGUUAAAACGACGCCUUUCGGCGGCAAAGUCAGUUUUCACAUCUGUGGUACUUAAAAACACUCUAUAAACACUUUAAACCAAGAACUUUAUUUAUGUACCUCAUGUAAAUAGCAAAGACUCUUGUAAUAUGUGUCGGGCGCAACCAUUCGCCCCUCGCCAGUAGGAUUUCACUACAUGUCUGAAUAUGAGCCUGUCGUGGUAACAUCAUAAAAAAAACAAAAACAAUACAAAAAACAAAGAACGAUUCAAAAGACAUACGAGGUUUGUUCAACUGCCGCCCCAUUCCAGUGAGUUUGUGAUUUGUAAGAUAUAUAAUCAUUAAUAUAUUUAUGUCGAUGUUUACAUCCAUUCACAAUGUACAGUAUUAUUCAUCUGUAUUAGUCAAUUUGAUAUCACUAAUCGUAUUGUUGUAUAUGUGCCCUUUUUGUCAGCAAAAUUACAUAAUUGCUUGGCCGGUACUGUAUUGCCAUCACCUUUCGGUCCAUUGAGUAAAAUUCAGAGGUAUAAGUGUUAGAAAUACCUAUCGGUCACCCGAGAAGAUCAGUUCCGACGUGUACAAACGGUAACGUUUGAUGGUGUAGUGUUAAGCCACAUAUACUCCAACACUGCCAUGUGUCUUAAACAGAUAUUUACCAUUGUGAGUAUUGAACAGGUGCCAGUGUGUAAUAUCAAAUACGAGGAACCCAUAUGUUUCCGAGCAGCGCUAGUUGUGAGACUGUGAGUACAAUCUUUUAAAUAAUGUGAUUUUUUUUUUUUCUUUCUUUUUUUCUCUCAACUUUUUUUGGUUUACAUUUGUUUCCGAGUGUAAAUAUAAUCAGACUUACUGUUUUUGUUUUGUUUUGUUUUUUUAGAUUGUAUCUCACGCCUAGUAUAUUGCUGUACAUUCUAGAUCCAUUUCAAAGGUAUCAAACCAUACCUUAACUUCGCACACUUUCGUUCAUCUCCUUUAGCAUCGUUCUUCGAUUGCGUUCGGCUGUAACGACACGCGUUUCUUCGCUAAAACCGAACUGUCAUGUGGUCGGACGUAGGGGGAAGGCUGUACGGUUUACGACAGAGUGUAGCAUAUUCCUCUCUGUGACUUGUACUUGAUGUGAAUCUACUUAACUCAAUAGCUUUGAUGCCUGUGCUGUAAAGUGGAACUGUUUCUCUCUUGUUACUGGUAGCUGUGCAGUCGUGCUGUGCCACAGUUUGCACGGAUGAAGACUCGAUCUCGACGGCUUCGGCACAUGGGCUUUGUAUACUUACUCGUUAGUCAUUUCACAUGAACGUUUUUAUAGACCACAGUACAAGUAUUAUAUACGUGAUGGCACCACCAGUAUGUUUGUCACUUUAUGGAAAGGAGGGAAAGCGCUGCAAAUUUUCAUUUUACUUGAAUCGUGUCCAUUUUGCCUUUGUUCGUUUCUGUAUUUAUUAUUUUCUUGUCUCGAAGUCACGAGUGUUAUUGGUGGAUAUCUGUACUGGAUUCUUGCAUCUGACAGCAAAUUUAAGGAAUUCUGAAGAUUUGACUGCCAAACUGAGAUUUGUAUGUUUAUGAAAAUAAUGAAUGCUCUUACUUGCAUCUGCAUCUUUGAAACAUGGAAGGCAUUUUGAGUCUAUUUUGCUUGUUUAUGUUCUGAUAUGUGAUAUUUUUAUAGUUUACAUUUAUUUUUAUAUAGCUUGCUUUUUAUUUCUAGAAUUCAUAGGCACUUUUGUUCCUAAAAUACCAAUAUUUGCCCUUAUGUUUAUGAUUAAGAAAAUCAAGAAAAUGCAGUUGGCGGGAUGCAAAGCACAUAUUUGUUUUUCCUGGUCAUUGUCGGUACUAUUUUUACUCUAAUUUUUAUUUUCUUUAUUUGGCCUUUUUUUUAUAUAUAUAUAUAUGUUUAAUCAGAUAUGGAUGAUUGCUAGAAAUUGCAAGUGAUAUUUCAUUUGAACCCUUUUUAAUUUUUUUUUUUCCUCAGCGGCAUUUGUUUAUUCAGUGGUUCAAUAACUAAUCUGACUGUAACUGAUUUGUUGCUAUAUCAAUUUUGCCGCAUCAAAUGUUAAAAGUGUAUUACCUCCAUUGAUUCCAGUGUUUGGUGUCAGUGCACUGUACUUUGUGUACAUUUUUUAUGUGUAUUUGAAGUGUCAUUAUCAUUUUGUGCUAUUCGAGCAUGUUAUUUGUGUUGCUUAACUAAAUUUACUAAAGGUGGUGUCCUACCAGCUUACACUUUGAUUUCUGUGUACUGAUUUCACAUUCCUUUUAAAUAGACUGUUUACUAAUUCUUGCUACUGAGUUACAGAGUUUGUGUAAAGUUUAAUGUUAUUGUAAUAUUUUUCACCAUGCGCAUUGGAUCACAUUACACACUCCAACUGAAUAAAAUUUAUCCUAAAUGAUAUGGCUUGGGUAGAAUGUAUGUCCUCUCCAAGUUUUCUAAUGAUGUACUACUCAUGGAUAGAGAUUUCUUGGGCUAUGUUAUGUAGCCUGUUAUUGCAUUGUGUAAGAGAAUGAUGCUUGAUCAACUGUACAUAGUCGAAAGCGAGAAAAAAAAAAACGCCAUUGUCGUUAUAUUGUAGUGUCAUAAGAAUGCUUGUAAUAUUGCUUCUGAAUGUUUGUGAACGUAGAAACAUUUUGUACAUUUCUUUUCUUGUAUUUUAUUUGACCAACUUUUGAGAUGUAUUUCUUCAGAAUUCAUAAUUUAUUCUGAGAGUACUUUAAGCGACAUUCCACAGAUUUAAACGUUUUCAGACUUGCCUGGUUUGACUUCAAUAAACUGUAAUGAAUGUU